AUGGUGACGACUCGCGAGCAUUUUUCUGCUCGAGGGCCCGGGCUGGGUGGGUUUGGAGGAUCUAUUAAGUCGGAAGGUUCAGAAGGUUCGAAGGAUUCAGAAGAUUCUGAAGAUGCUGAAGAUUCUGAAGAUUCUGAAGAAUUAGAAGGAUCCAAGAAUACCAAAAAUUCCGAAGGUUUCGAAGUUUCCAAAUAUACCAAAUAUUUCAAAGAUUACAAUGAAUUCAAAACUUCCAAACGUUCCAAAGGUUCCAAAGAUUUCAAAGAUUCUAAAGAUGGUAAAAACUUCGAAGAUUUCGAAGGUUCUGAAGAUUCGGAAGAUUCAGAAUUUUCAGAAGAAUUAGAAGGAUCCAAAAAUGCCAAAAAUUCCGAAGGUUUCGAAGAUGUCAAAGAUUUCAAAGAUUUCAAAGAUUCCAAUGAUGCCAAAAAUUCCGAGGAUUCCGGAAAUUGCGUAGAUUUCGAAGAUUCCGAAGAUUCAGAAGUUUCAGAAGAAUUAGAAGGAUCCAAGGACGCCAAAAAUUCCGAAGGUCUCGAAGAUUUCAAGGUUUCCAAAGAUUCCAAGGAUGCCAAAAAUUCCGAAGGUUUCGAAGAUUUCAAGGUUUCCAAAGAUAUCAAGGAUGCCAAAAAUUCCAAAGGUUUCGAAGGUUCUGAAGAGUUCGAAGAUUCGAAAUAUUCCAAAUAUUCCACAUAUUUCAAAGAUUACAAAGAAUUCAAAAGUUCCAAACGUUCCAAAGGUUCCAAAGAUUUCAAAGAUUCUAAAGAUGAUGUCAAAGAUUUCAAAGAUUUCAAAGAUUCCAAGGAUGCCAAAAAUUCCGAAGAUUCCGGAAAUUGCGUAGAUUUCGAAGAUUCUGAAGAUUCAGAAGUUUCAGAAGAAUUAGAAGGAUCCAAGGAUGCCAAAAACUCCGAAGGUUUAGAAGGUUCUAAAGAUUCCGAAAAUUCCAAAGAUUUCAAAGAUUCCAUGGAUUCCAAAGAUUCCGAAGACUUCAAGGUUUCCAAACAUUCCAAGGAUGCCAAAAAUUCCGAAGGUUUCAAAGGUUCUGAAGAGUUCGAAGAUUCGAAAUAUUCCAAUUAUACCAAAUAUUUCAACGAUUACAAAGAAUUCAAAAGUUCCAAACGUUCCAAAGAUUUCAAAGAUUCUAAGGAUGGUUCCAAAGAUUUCAAAGAUUCCAACGAUUCCAAAGAUUCCAAAAGUUCCAAAGUUUCUGAAGAUUCCGAAGGUUUCAAAGAUUCAAAGGAAUUCCAAGGUUCCAAACAUUCCAAACGUUCCAAAUGUGGCAAAGAUUUCAAAGAGUCCAAGGAUGGCAAAGAUACCAAAAGUUCCGAAGGUUCUGAAAAUUCCAAAGAUUCCAAAGGUCCCAAAGUUUCCAAACGUUUUAAAGGUUCCAAAGUUUCCAAGGAUUCUAAAGAUUCUAAAUGUUCUAAAUAUGCCAAAUAUUCCAAGAAUGCCAAAAAUUCUCAGGAUGUCAAAAACUGCGAAAGGUUCGAAAGUUCUGAAGAUUUCCAAGAUUUCAAAUAUUCCAAAUAUUACAAAGAUUCCAAAGAAUUCAAGGAUGCCAAAAAUUCCGAAGGUCCUGAAGAUUCCGAAAGUUUCAAAGAUUCCAAAAAUUUCAAAGAUUCCAAAGAAUUCAAAGGUUCCAAACGUCCUGAACGUUUCAAACGUGGCAAAGGUUCCAAAAAUUUCAAAGAUUCUAAGGAUUCCAAAGAUUCCAAAAGUUCCAAAGUUCCUGAAGAUUCCGAAGUGCGCACCGAAGAGACCAGCAACGGAAGAAACGUUGGUAAUCCAGCGUUAGCUCGCCUCGGGAUAUUUGGUAUAAUAAGAUAUCCGAGGAGGCCGAACCCCCCCGUCAUAAUCACAGGUUACAUCCUGACCAUAUUUCAUACUGGGAGGUCUGCUUGCGACCACUAUUCGCGCAAAUAUUUCAGGUUUCUGCGGAAAGCGAUUACGCGCCGGAUUAAAAGCGCUAACGAGUCGACGCUGCCCGAAAACGAUCAGGGAACGAUGACCGGAUUGGCAUUCGCCGAUCAAAAAUCGCGAGGUGGAUGGGCGAAUCGACGUGGCGUCGGAAACACAAGCGACCGAGUCUCCUCCGGCGAGCUGCUCGCCGGACCGUCGACCGGUUUCGCGUCAUCAGCGCAGCGCGCCCGACGCGUCCGAAUAAAUCACGGCGAAUUGGGAUUUUUUCAUCCAGAUAUCGAUGACAUCGCCAUAAACAAUACCGGCAUGGUAAAAAACGACGACGACGUCAUGAUGAUGCGUUUUAAACUUAUGAAAGUAGAGAUCAUAGGUGCCAUUGUGGCGGUAACAUGGCCAGAUUCAUUUCCGAGGCACUCUGCCUACGCGGAUAAAUUGCAGCCGAGGACUUGCUGCGGUCAAGAGAUUUUUCGAGGGGGUUUGGGGAUAUUUAGUGAAAGUUGUUUAAUUAUGAUUGGAAGGUGUAUGGUGGUGCCAUCUGGUAGAGAAAGGCUGCACUUGAUUGAUGGAAGCACUAACAAAGACUGA